UACAAAAAUUACUGCUACUUCAACAAAUGGAGAAUAAAUCUGGAGAUCAAAACAAGAAAAAGACAUUUCAGAUGAAAGCAGCUGAGACUGCUUUUGAAAGGAACCUUAGCCUUUUAAAGGAUAUAGAUGUAGCAGAAAAAUCUCUACAUACUGGGAUUUACUCAUCUCUACCACUUGAGGUGGUUUCUCUUGAGACUCUUUACUGGGCAUCAGUAAAAGAAUAUAUUCCCAAAUGGGAACAGUUUCUUCUAGGAAGAGCACCGCAUCCUAUUGAUGCUGAAAAUCAAAAUAAAGCAGAAAAUACCAUUCACAAUGAGGCACAGCGCUAACUUCACAAUCUGUUUUGAAAAUAAAAUAUAAAUUAUAAAAACCCGUUUUAGUACAUUUUAAUAAUAAAAAUAUGUAGGUCACUUCAGG